AUGUUGGCCUUCGCCCUCUUCAGCCUUGCGAUUCUCGCCGCACGGUCGGCAGCAUUCAUAAUUCCAAGGCAAGCACCCGCGCCGCAAAAGCUCAUCCCCAUUGCCGUCGGUUCCAUGAGCGUCAACACCUCCCUGAUAUUCACCCCGAACGACGUGAAAGCAAAUCCCGGCGACGUGCUGCAAUUCCAGUUCUUCCUCACGAACCACACCGUCACGCAGUCGGCCGGGCCAUCGGACCCUUGUUCGCCCUUGCAGGCUAAGGUCCCCGGGGCGAUCCACUCGGGCUUCAUUCCAGGGGCGAUGGUCAACGGUUCAGAUACGGUCGGCGCCUUCGACGUCAUGGUCAUGGUCGUCAACGGAAAGCCUGGCGAUCUCAAUGCCUACAAGACAGCCGCACAAGCAGCAAAGGCCAACACACCAGGCACCACGGUCGCCGGGGGUACUGUUGGGCGGAUACCAAUGGCCAACGCUAUUAUUCCGCCUGCCUAG